AUUGACAGCAUGUUGUAAUUUGCAGAAAAUGGCGGUUGUUGUAUUAAAAAUAUAGGCAUUUUUGCCCAAUGAAGCUGUUUAUUUCUGUAUUGUUUGAAAAUAUCUAAUGAAAAUUUACUCAAGAACUCGUUAAAUUGUUUCUGUAUAGAUAAUAAUUAUUGGUGUGACAUUGGUGUGAAUAUUAUUCUAUUUAAAAUAAUGUACACUUUGUCAGUCUUGAAACCAAAAUACCAAACGCGGUUUUACUGAUAUCUUUAUUAUCAGAUUUCUGUGAACUUACUUUGGGAGCGGAUAUUAAUUACCUGUAAAUAGUAUCCGUUUUAGUGUUAUGAAAGAAUAUCAAUUCGUAAAUAAAGUGUAUGCAACGCUAGAAAAUAAAGAGAUGUAUUGACUCACAAAAAUAGUCAACAAUGGGAGAAACUGAAGAAUUCAACACUCUAGUAUUUGAAAAGAAGCUUUCACAGUUAAAAGACACCCAAGAGAGUAUACAAUCUCUAUCAUCUUGGUGUUUAAAGCAGCGGCUACAUCAUAAGAAGAUAGUUUCUAGUUGGUUAAAUGUUCUCAAAAGAGUAAAGGUUGAACAGCGUUUAGUCCUAUUCUACUUAGCAAAUGAUGUUAUUCAGUAUAGUAAGAGAAAGAAUUACGAGUUUGUGGAGAGUUGGGGCCAUAAUUUACAAAAAGCAACUCCACUUGUCAGAGAUGAGAAAGUCAGGGCUAAGAUUCUACGUAUUUUCAAGAUAUGGGAGCAGAGAUCUGUUUAUGAUGAUGAGUUUCUGUCAGAUCUUACAGGGUUGCUUAGUGCUGGAGCCAUUAAAAAGACUGAUGAUGACCCAUUGGAUUUUCAGCCACAGCAGCUAGUAAACAAAAUAAAACAAUGUACAGUUUUAGAAGCAGACACACAGUUGAAAUUGAAAUAUGUGUAUGAUAAUCAUUUAGAUUUGUCAGACGCUGAUGCGCUGUGCGCCAGUAUGAAAGAUAGAGGACAUAAAGAAGAUGUGGAAAAAGAACUAAACGAAGGUAUAUCAUGUGUGGAGAAAUAUACUCAGGCUUUACAGAGGGAGAUAGUAGCGAGGGAAGCAUUGCUGGCCUUACUUAGCUCAGCAAACCAGUACUAUUCUACACAGAGAGGUGAAGUCAAAGUUGUGGCAUAUGCAUACAAAAACUUUGGAUCCCGAGUAAGGGCAUUGAAAAGGAAACUGGAUGAGUUAAUACCGACGCUGCCGAGUGCGGCGCCCUCGCCUCCACAGAGAGACGAGGAUGUCCCCUCACCGGGCCCUGAUGAGGACCUGGAUUUACCUACACAAACUGAGUCAACAGAAGAUGAUGUAGCAUACAAUAUAGACCAGACAUUCAACACAUCCCUGUCGGACGGCUCACUGUAUAACCUCGGCCUGUCGUCUUUCCUCACCUCUGACAAUCCUCUCGCAAUGUUUAAUGAUACCCUCGAUCUGGACUUGAGUAGUGCAAAUAGAAUCGAAGUAAUAAACAGCAGGCCGAGUGACAAACAAGAUUUUGACAUAAGCGAUAUCUUGAACAGUUUUGAGCCCCUUGACAAUAACUCUACGUCUUCUGAAAAUAACUCAGCGGUGAGCAUAUCUCAGAAGUCUCAAGACGCGCUGCCCGGGCUCGACUUGCUGACGCCCGACAGCACGGGGAACCCCCCGCCGCCCACGUCUUUCUACGGCACUAUGGAGACUAUUGUCAUCCCCGACGAACCGGAAGCGCCUUAUCUACCUGAAGCCUUAACGAGUAAUCAGUGGUCCACUGCGUCUUGGAGUGUACCACCGCCCGUCACGCCGAGCCACAUCCCUCCGAUGGUGAACCCGCGCAGCGUGUUCGCGGAGCCGCCCGCCUCGCCGCCCGCGCCGCUUAUCGCACCGCACCCUGUGCCGCCGCCGCUGCUGGAGCCACGCCCGCAGGAUCCCCCGAUAGCGGACGUCGACCAUCGCGGUAUUCUACCGCCGCCGCCGCCGCCUCCCGUACUGCCGCUGUUGGGACAUAUAGAAGACGUGGAUCACAGAAUGUUGCCAACGCUGCCGCCGCCUCCGCCCGCGCCGUCUCUUCGACAUACACAGCACCAAGAUGUUGACCACAGGAACCUGAUACCUUUAACGCAUCAGCUGCCUUUGCCGCCUCGCCCACACAACUCCGUGGAUCAAGAUUACCGAGUGCCGCCGAUGGUGCCGCCGCCGGACAUCGUAGAGAGCGUCGACAUGGACCUGUCGGAGGAUGAGGACCAACAAGGUAUGUAUGGGCAGAAUCAAAUCGAGCACCACCGGCACAGCUUCAACAACAACAAGGUGUUGGUGGGCGGCGACGACGACAAGGAACACCACAAGGAGAAGAAGAACUCCAACUUGAUACAGAUAAACAGCAUCGAGAUCAUAAAGGAGGGCUCGCACAGCGCGCCGGUGCUGCCGUUGACCAACCCCUUCGACAACAUGCCCGACGGGCUCAAGUUCAACAUGCCCCCGAAUUUCCAAAACCAACCCCCGAAGCUGGAGCCCCCAAAACUGAAUCAACAAAAGCCUGAAUUGCAAAAGCAACAACCGAAUUUCCAACACAAACCGGAGUUUAAAAAUCAGCCGCCAGUUUUCCAAAUGCAGCCGAAGUUUCCAAACAAGCCCGACUUCCAGAAUCCGCCGAAGUUCCCAAAGCCGCCGGAGUUCCACGAAGACCUCGUGUUCGAGGAGAGAGAGAACUCUGAUGAUAGUGCUUAUGAAGACGAUUUGAGGAGUCGGAGCUUGGACAACGUUCCCUUGAACAGGAGCAACUCGUCGCCGGGCUUCGAAGACUUCGCUUUGGACAGUGAAUGGAAUCACAGUCCUAGGCCGUUUAUGAACCAACGGUUCCCCAGGAAUUGGGGACCUCGGACUCACCCUAGACCGCCGGGUUUCAACCCGAUGUUUUGGCCCCGAAACGGAAUGCGGCCUUCGAACAUGGGCCCGAGAUGGGGACCUAGACCGCAAAGAUUCUGGUGAAUCUAGUGAAGUGUUUGUGCAAAAGAGUUCUUAUUUAUAGUUGCUGAAGUCUCUAUUUUGACUGUAACUAAUAAUUAUAUUAUAAAGUAUAGCGUAGCUGUAUAAUAUGCUCAUUCUAAUUUUGCGGAGUUUUUAGCUUGUUUUGAAUAUAUUAGGAAGGAAAUUUAGCUUGUUUUUAACGUUUUGUGCACUGUAUUAAACCUUUUAUGUCUGCCCAGUUUGAUUUUUAUUUGUAUGUUAAACUUCUGGUUCAUAGUUUAAUAGAUAAGUACUCGUAACUACCAUUGUGUUAUGGUUUAUUAAUGUUUAAUUAUGCUACAAGACUACAUUAACCAGGUUUUCUUUUAAAUCUAGUUAUUUUAAAUAGUUAUUACAUGCAGUAGAAUAUAUUGCUGAAUAUUAAAGUUUUAAACUAU